AUGGCGACAAUCGAACGAUCUUACGACGACAAAUUAGGGCUUGUAACGCUCACAGACGCUCAGAUUACACACGACUGGUUACACCGUAGUGAGAAAGUCACAAAAUUUGGAGGUGGCCGAAAGGAAAAUGCUAAUGGUGGUGGGAAGGGUAGUGGUUUAACGAAAUGGAGGGGCUGGCCGGGGGAAGAGAGGGACUGGCUAGGGGAGGGAGCGGCUGGCCGAAAGGAAAAUGAUAGUGAUGGAGAGAAGGGUACCUUAAUCACCAAACCAAACGUGAAGGGCAUGUUAGGGGGCACGGUUGACCUUGAGUGCACGUUUCAACCAACCGAGACGUGGUACGUCAUGCAGUGGAGAAAACGUCUUCUUGACGACGGCGAGAUAAUCUUGGUGAAUCUUCCCCCAAAACAGGAGAGCAUGACGGGAGGUUUGUUCCCUUCUGACGUCGUGUUGUCACCGACAUGGGCAGACAACAAUUUAAAGUCACGAGGACGCACAUACGUUGGACACAACGCUACGUCCAUUAAUUUCAAUAUCAAACUGUACGAUUUCGAAUGCACAGAUGUAGGGACAUACAUAUGUGUUGUCACGGGCUCUAGCAUUGUAUCCAAAACAACUGAAGUGGGCAUUGUGGCUGUUCCAGGAAAGCCUUCUAUUAACUCAGAAUUAAUGAUCGUGGAAGAAAACUUUAAUUUUACCCUCGAGUGUGUCGUCAGUCUGGGGAUUCCACCAGCAGAGGUCACGUGGUAUGUCAAGUAUCCAAAUGAUCAAGAUUACACAUUAAUUACUUCUAUGGCCGACCCGGAAGAACAAAGCAGCGAGACAUGCGUACCAGUCAUCAAUCAACAGAUCAUGACGUCAAUAACAGAAGAAACAAGCGGAAGUAUAUUUCAGUGUAGGGUGGAGGGACCACUCAUUGAAAAUGAAAACCACCAGUACAAUGAUGAAAUAAUCGUUGAAACACCAGAACCCAUUGUGACCGAGGCCCCAUACGAGGUACCUUGUACAGGAAAAAACUGCAACGUCAACAAAACGGCUGCUCUAGAAUUCAAUGGGGCUGAAUCAAAACCAAGCGUCAUGAUGACAAUGAUUGCCUGCUUGAUCAUGUUCGUCAGUACGUUUGCUCUGCGGUAG